AUGGUCGCUCUAGCUCUUCUCGCCCUGGCAGGGCUUGCGGUAGCCAACCCCGUCCAGGUCCCACUCACUCCUCCUCCCGCUGCUGCUGCUGCCAACCCUCGCCCCCUCGUCAUCUGGCAUGGACUCGGCGACACGGCCCAUUCCGAGGGCAUGGACGCGUUCGCUGACAGGGUCAAGGAGCUGCACCCGGGCAUAUUCGUGCACUCUGUCAUCGUCCCCGAAGGUGGUAGUCCUGGCGAUGAACGGAACGCAGGAUGGUGGGGAAAGGCCGAGGAGCUCGCCCAGCAGGGAUGCGAUCAGAUUGCCGAUAUUGAAGAGCUCCAGGACGGGUUUGACGCCAUCGGGUUCUCCCAAGGCGGCCUCUUCCUGCGCUACUGCGCUCAGUACUCGGACGGCCCCGCGAUGCGCAACCUCAUUACUUUUGGCUCGCCGCACUUUGGCAUCGCAGCCCUCAUCCCCUGCCCCGACCCGCCAACACUCUCGUGCCGCCUCGCGGCCCGCGCAGCGCGUUCGGGCAUCUACACUUCCUGGGCCCAGUCGCACCUCGUCCAAGCGGCAUACUACCGCGACCCGGCGCGCCUGGACGAGUUCCUCCUCGCCAACACGUUCAUGCGCAACAUGAACGGCGAGGGCCUCCUGGAUGACGAGGACGCCGGCAACGGGCUCGGCCACCUGGAGAACAUGGUCGCCAUUGCGUUCACAGAGGACAAGACCGUGUUCCCCGGGCUGUCGGCGCACUGGGCGACGGUCGACCCAGAGGACACGACGGUCGUGGUUGAGCUCGGCGACCAGCAGCUCUACACCGAAGACUGGAUUGGCCUGCGCGCGCUCAAUGAGACUGGGCACCUCAUCCUCGACUGGUGUCCCGGAGAGCACAUGCAGAUUGGUGGCGAUGGCGGAUGUGGUGACCAGAUGGUCGAGAAGUGGGUCGGUUGGAAGAAGUAG